AUGGCACCCCGCCGAAGAACCGGAGACUCCAGCGCAUCGCGCAAAAACAACCAGGCAACCCUCCAGUUCGGCACUCAGUCAAAGGUAUCAAAGCCAUUCUCGAGCGCAUCGAUACCCGGAAAGGACUUGGAAAAGGGGCCUCUAUCGUCUAAAGAGAUAUCUCUGCCUACUCACUUACCGGCAGCAGCGAAACAGCAUGACGGCCAGCCUGCUACCGACGUUCAAGAAACUCCAGCAUCAACCACUUCCACUGCUGUCGUGCAGGAGCAAGCCAGGGCCGAGGUAGCGCUGCCUAAGUCCGAGGAGGACCAGCGAGCAGAAGCGCUGACUGUUAAGGACUUGGAUGAAUACUGGCGGGCAGAGGAGAGGAAGCGGACAGCAAAACGAGUACAUCAAGCAGAUCUAAGCUUGGAAGAGAAGAUUUUACGGCACUUUGACCUUUGCAGUCAGUAUGGUCCAUGUAUUGGAAUUGCACGGAUAAAGCGCUGGAGGCGAGCCCAUAUGCUUGAUUUAAAUCCGCCGCUUGAAGUCCUUACGGUUCUGCUCAAGGAAGAGACCCAGGAAAAGGCGUAUGUAGACGAGUUGUUAUCGUGA